AUGGGGCUCAGAGAGCAGUGGGACUCACCGUUUACCCAACAGGUGGUGACACGAAGGCCCGGGGAGGAAAGGGAGAAAGUGGACGACACAAAGGAGUUUUUUGUAGCCGGGUUCGCCUGCCGCAGCGGCGAGUGCGUGCACCUGGGCUGGCGCUGCGACGGCGACCGCGACUGCAAGGACAAGUCGGACGAGGCCGACUGCCCUCUGGGGACCUGCCGUGGGGACGAGUUCCAGUGUGGGGAUGGGACUUGUGUCCCUACGAUCAAGCGCUGCAACCAGGAACAGGACUGUCCGGACGGGAGUGAUGAAGCUGGCUGCCUGCAGGAGUCAACAUGUGAGGGUCCCCGCAGAUUUCAGUGUAAGAGUGGCGAGUGCGUGGACGGCGGGAAAGUGUGUGACGCUCAGAGAGACUGCCGGGACUGGUCGGAUGAGCCUCUGAAAGAGUGUGGGCUGAACGAGUGUCUGCACAACAAUGGUGGCUGCUCCCACAUCUGCACAGACCUCAAGAUCGGCUUUGAGUGCACAUGCCCAGCAGGCUACCAGCUCCUAGACCAGAAGACCUGCGGCGACAUUGACGAGUGUGAGGACCCCGAUGCCUGCAGCCAGAUCUGUGUCAACUACAAGGGCUACUUUAAGUGCGAGUGCCACCCUGGCUACGAGAUGGACACGCUGACCAAGAACUGCAAGGCUGUUGCUGGCAGAAGCCCGUCGCUGAUCUUCACCAACCGGCAUGAAGUGCGGAGGAUAGACCUGGUGAAGCGGGACUACUCGCGCCUCAUCCCCAUGCUCAAGAACGUCGUGGCACUGGAUGUCGAAGUUGCCACCAAUCGCAUCUACUGGUGUGACCUCUCCUACCGCAAGAUCUACAGCGCCUACAUGGACAAGGCCAGCGACCCGGCAGAGCAGGAGGUCCUCAUGGAUGAGCAGCUGCACUCUCCAGAGGGCCUGGCGGUGGACUGGGUCCACAAGCACAUCUACUGGACUGACUCAGGCAACAAGACCAUCUCUGUGGCCACAAUUGAUGGCGGCCGCCGCUGCACUCUCUUCAGCCGUGACCUCAGUGAACCCCGGGCCAUCGCAGUCGACCCCCUGAGAGGGUUCAUGUAUUGGUCUGACUGGGGGUACCAGGCCAAGAUCGAGAAGUCUGGGCUCAAUGGUGUGGACCGGCAAACACUGGUAUCAGACAACAUUGAAUGGCCCAAUGGAAUCACCCUGGAUUUGCUGAACCAGCGCUUGUACUGGGUGGACUCCAAGCUUCACCAACUAUCCAGCAUUGACCUCAGUGGAGGCAACAGGAAGAUGCUGAUUUCCUCCCCUGACUUCCUGAGCCAUCCUUUCGGGAUAGCUGUGUUUGAGGACAAGGUGUUCUGGACAGACCUGGAGAAUGAGGCCAUUUUCAGUGCAAAUCGGCUCAAUGGCCUGGAAAUCUCCGUCCUUGCUGAGAACCUGAAUAACCCACAUGACAUUGUCAUCUUCCAUGAGCUGAAGCAGCCAAGAGCUGCAGAUGCCUGCGAGCUGAGUGCCCAGCCCAAUGGCGGCUGUGAGUACCUGUGCCUUCCUGCUCCUCAGAUCUCCAGCCCCUCUCCCAAGUACACGUGUGCCUGUCCUGACACCAUGUGGCUGGGCCCAGACAUGAAGAGGUGCUACCGAGCACCUCAAUCUACCUCAACUACGACGUUAGCUCCGCCCACAACGAGGACACUAGCCGACACCACGAGAACCCCUGGGACCACUGUCCACAGCCUCACCUACCAGAACCGCAGCACAGAGACACCAAGCCUGGCAGCUGUGGUCCCAAGCUCAGUUGGUGUCCCCAGGGCUCCCAGCAUCAAGCCAUCUACCCCAAGCCCUGCAACCAGCAACCACUCCCAGCACUAUGGGAAUGAAGGUGGCAAGAUGGGCUCAACAGUCACUGCUGCGGUCAUUGGGAUCCUCGUGCCCAUGGGUGAGUGUGGCCCCAAGUCUCUAGGGAGAUGAGAAAACCCGAGCUCGGGCUCUCGGGAAAAGCACUAGCACGAAACACUUAGCACACUACCUGUCCCAUUGAGGAAACUGUGGCUCAGACUUUUUCUGCCCCGGCAGCCUUCUUGCCCACUUCCCAGUGCUGUCAUUUGGUUUCUUAGCUUGGCACAUAAGGCCCUUCUGGACCUGGCCCCAGGCAACUGUCCCAAUGCCUCCCUAUUCCCCAGCGUUCACACUCCGCAUGCCGGCCACGUGAAGGUGAACUGCUGGCUCCGUGGGCACAGGGCUGGCGCCUCUCUUGCUCGCCCCUCCCCCCAGCUCCUAGCAGUGGCUGGCACAUGGUA